AUGGCCACCUCACUCCGUUCGAAUCCCUGGCGUGCAUGCCAGAGCCUCUCAAGGCAACGAAUUCGCAUCCCUCACAACACCCGGCACCUCUCCGCGACCUCCCUCCGAUCCGCCAACCAUGCCAGCAAUCCUCUCCGAGCUGCCGAGCGCGCGAGCCACGCCGAGGAAGUCGCAAAAUCCAAGCGGUCGAUCAUAGUCUCUGGGGUAGGCCUCGUCGCAUGCGCGGCCACAAUGUACGGUCUGGUCACCUAUGAUGUGUUCGGAGUGAACGCAUUGGAUGAGAAGCAUGGAUCGGAAGGUCAAGGUAAACAGGAGGAUGUUUCCAAGAACAACGGCGCAAUGAAGAUGGACGGGCCUACUGGGUUCCCGAGUGACGGCGGACCCUCAGUCAUCCCACUGCAAGAUCAGGGCCUUGUCGAGAAACUCGCGACGGGCAAUAGCUCUGUGCCAUAUUUCCCCACCACGAUCCGGCUUCCGGCGAGUGCGGAGGCGGACAACAAACAGCCCGGUGAUGAGAUCUCUACCUCUGGCGGCGACGAGUACCAGCUUUUGGGUCUGGGUAUCCGCAGCGUCUCGUUCCUGUCUAUCCAGGUCUACGUUGUGGGACUGUACGUCGCCAAGGCCGACAUUACUGAGCUGCAACAACGCCUGGUGCGCACUGCAAUUCACCCUCCGUCCGACGACACCGGUGCCAUCACCGGCACUGGUGCUGACGCUGCUACCUCUCUUGUCCCGCCCGAACGCCAGCAACUAAAGCAGCUCCUUCUCGACCCCGAGCACGGCGACGCUGCCUGGACAGCCAUCAUCAAGGAUAACGGAAUCCGCACUGCCUUCCGCAUUGUCCCUACCCGCAACACCGACUUCAUGCAUCUUCGUGAUGGUUGGGUUCGCGGCAUCACUGCCCGCGCGCAGCAGAAGAAGCCAGCCCCCGGCGCGACCCAACCGGGCGAGUUCCAGGACCAAGAUUUCGGAACUUCCAUGAACGACUUCAAGGCUGUUUUCGGUGGUGGUCAACGCAAAAACGUGCCCAAGGGCCAAACUUUGGUUCUGAUGCGCAAUGCGCAGGGCGCUUUGGAUGCGCUCUUCCAACCUGAUCCUACCAAGCCGGUCCAGUGGAUGGGUCGUGUCACCGAUGAGCGAAUUAGCCGACUUGUCUGGUUGAACUACCUGGCUGGAAAGACUGUUUCCAGCGAGAGUGCGCGCAAGAGUAUUGUCGACGGUCUGAUGACCGUUGUGGAGCGACCGGUUGGUACGGUUACUCAACGUGUCGUAUAA